AGUGAAUCGAAUCCUUCAAUCCUUCAAUAUGAAUGAGCAUAUCCUCAGUCAGUGGUAAAAGAUAGAUAGAAAAUCGAUAGAUAGAAUGAAGAUUUCAACAUCCCGAUUACUGAGGCGAAGCAACAAGAACACUGACAAUGGCACUAUCAAAUCCAACUUUCUAGGGAUACUUCUAUUGACCUACAUCCUGCUGCGCUGCACGACGGGAUGGAUUAAGGGACUCCAAAAUGGCGAUAUGCGAAACUUGUCAUUAUUUGUGUCUUCUUCUGGGGCGACAGUCACAACAUCCAAAAUACAAGAUGAGGUUGCCAAGAGUGACAGUCACUUCUACUCAUGGUCAUCCCAAAAGCUGAGUCUGUUACAACUCUCCAGAGAAAGUGCUCAGAAUCAUCAACAGCAUCACAAUUGUACAUGGCCCUUUGUCCUCAUCGAUGAUCGCAUCCUACUCCAACAGGAUCAAAACAAUGCCAACAAGGAAGAACCAGAGCAAUUUGCUGCUUGGUCCUACGAAGACAACAAACGCAGAAUACCACGCAUGGUCCAUCUCGCAUGGAUCCACGAUGAUCCACAUCAUGGUCCCAACAAGGGUCGCUGUUUGCAUCACCUUCAAGCAGUUGCCGUUCAACAAUGGAAGAAACAAUUUCCAAAUUACAGCAUUUUCUACCAUGAUGAUUAUUCUGUCGCCAAGAUGAUGCAACAAGAGUUCUGGCCAGAGUUCCCGGAAUUGGCCAAAGUGCUGCAGUGUGCCAAAAUGCGCAAUGCCAUGCUCAUUGAUAUAUGGCGACAAUUGGUCCUCUACCGAUUUGGUGGUUUAUAUGUAGACCUGGAUGAAAUUCCAACCGAACAAUUCACAGAAGAUCUCAUCCCACAUCACGUCGAUUUCUUUUCCUUUAGUGAUAACUUUAACCGACCUUCCCAAUGGUGUUUUGCGACUUCGCCGGGACAUCCGGCCACCUACCACUCCCUUCUGACAAUUUUCAAACGACUCUUGGAAAUGCCGGAAAUCUCACAACCCAAGUUGGUUGGUAUGACGGGUCCCGAAGCACUCAAAAAAGGAUACGCAUAUGCCUUUUCCUCAGAGGAUCGAUACAAGGAGGGGAUGCAUUAUGGGAAUUUCAAUACAACAGGCAUCAAAUACACACGCAAGAAGGCCGCGGUAUGCCUCAUCAACAAGCGGAAAGACCCCUUUCCAUACAAUGCCACACACAAUUGGACGGUUGCGGAACAGUACAAGGCCGAUUCGGGAGCGGUCCACUGGAAGAAUGCCCUAAGUAAGUUGGUGGAUCGAGGGUCCUGUCAACAGCAUCUCUAUGAGUUGGAGCGAAGAUCCAGCCGCUUUCCAGGCAGAGAAUGGAUCCAACGAGAACAAGGACAAAGGUAGCAGACAUACAUAAAAACAUGCCAUGCCAAGGUAAAGCUACAAUUGACAUUUUGUACUGCUCAUCAGGACUCUAGUAGCUAGCUGUGACAAUGCAAAAACACCCAUAAUCCCAUUUUUGUAGUC